CUCUUUCUCUCUCUCGUUCAGAUCAUGACCGUACCAUUACCGGACAUUCCGCUUUCAUACCUCGUUGUAGCUCCCGAGUCCCAGUUGGCCCCAGUCUAGCCUGGAAGGGUCAGGUACCAUACCGUCAGAAUGGUAACCAGUCGGUACGGGAUAUUUGCUGCUAUCGGCCUGCAGGCGGACUUUUUUAGUUCACCAUCCCAAGAAUUAUCAGCAUUUCUUCUUUUCCUGCCUUCUCUCCAUCUCUCCCCUCAUCUUCCCUACCCCAUUGAUUCUUCCCCGUACUUACUCGGGUUGAGGCUGGUCUCUCUACUAUCUCCUUGUUCUCCUUCCUCUUCUGCAUCUCCUUACAGUUCCUCGAGAAACGCCCUCCCCUUCUCCCUACCGCUAUACCCACUUUCCCAGUCCCCUCCGCCCGGAUCGGCCUUCCCUCUCCGCUCCGCAAAGUCCGUUUUUCUGCGUCGGCAUUUUCGGGCCUACAGCUUUGAGAACCAACUCUCCUCGAUCGCCCCUCGGAGCUCCCUUCGCGUUUCUUCUUCCACGUAUCUCGUCGCUUCGUAGCACUCGCUACGCCCAGAAUACCUCAAGAGCUCAAUGGCGGUCCCCGAACAGAUCCCCGGGCAAGAAUAUGAGUAUGUGGCUCCUGUCCGCUCUCCAGUCCACAUUUCCCUGCCUUGGUCGGCAAUGGCCUCCACCAUCCGUGGACUCAAAACACAUCUGCGGAAGGGGGGCAUUCUAGGUCACAGUUUUCGCUAUACUCCGUAACUGGAACUGCGC